CACCAGGGGAAUUCACAACCCGCGAGUCUCAGUCGUCUCGUCCGUGAAAUGGGGCUAAGCCCGCGCGGCCGUGGCGGCGGCCGGCCCCCACGCGGGCUCGGGGCGCGACAGCGGGGACCCCCCGGGGCAUCUCGUCGUCCGCCCGCCCCUCGCUCUCGGCCGAGGUCGCCCCGCACGCCGAGAGGCGUGGCCGGCCCGCGUGGACCCUGGCGGCCAUGGCCUCGGUGGUGGAAUACAAGGGCCUCAAGGCCGGCUACCACUGCGGCUACUGUGGCUCGGAGGAGGGCAAGGCGUCCUGCGGCAUGUGGGCGCACUCCCUGACUGUGCAGGACUACCAGGACCUCAUAGACCGAGGAUGGCGCAGAAGUGGGAAAUAUGUGUACAAACCUGUCAUGAAUCAAACCUGUUGUCCUCAGUACACAAUAAGGUGCCGGCCUUUGCAGUUUCAGCCAUCAAAAUCUCACAAGAAGGUUUUGAAAAAAAUGUUGAAAUUCCUGGCGAAAGGGGAGAUUUCCAGAGGAAACUGCGAGGACGAGCCCAUGGAUUCUACAAUGGAGGAUGCUGUUGCUGGUGACUUUGCAUUAAUCAACAAAUUGGAUAUAAAGUGUGACAGAACAAUUACUGAUGACUUCAGACAGAGCCUAGAGAGUGAAGAGAAGGGAAAAAGUGCCAAGAAAGAAGACUCCAAUGAAUUAAUUCAGCCACAGGACAUCGAGGAGAAGUUGGGCUCAGGUGAACCGUCCCAUCUAGGGAAAGUUCACAUGGCUCCUAAGCCAGGCAGAGGGGCUGAUUUGAGUAAGCCUCCAUGUCGAAAAGCGAAGGAAAUCCGGAAAGAAAGGAAAAGGUUAAAACUGCUGCAGCGAGGCCCGUGCGCAGAGGGCUUCCAGGCCCACGGUCAGCCGCCCAAGGCCAAGUCCAACCAGCCCAAGUCCCUUGAAGAGCUCAUCUUUGAAUCUUUGCCGGAGAAUGCAUCACACAAGUUAGAGGUGAGGGUGGUGAGAUCAUCUCCCCCAAGUUCUCAGUUCAAAGCCACAUUUCAGGAGUCUUACCAACUCUAUAAACGUUACCAGAUGGUUGUGCACAAGGACCCACCUGACAAACCAACUGUGAGCCAGUUCACGAGGUUCCUUUGCAGUUCACCGUUGGAGGCAGAGACCGCCCCGGGUGGACCUGAGUGCGGGUAUGGCUCCUUCCACCAGCAGUACUGGCUGGAUGGCAAGAUCAUUGCCGUGGGCGUGAUCGACAUCCUCCCCUCCUGCGUCUCGUCCGUGUAUUUGUACUACGACCCCGAGUACUCCUUCCUGUCCCUGGGUGUCUACUCGGCACUGCGAGAGGUGGCUCUCACCAGGAAACUGCAUGAGAAGACAGCCCAGCUCAGCUAUUACUACAUGGGCUUCUACAUCCAUUCCUGUCCCAAGAUGAAGUACAAGGGUCAGUACAGACCUUCUGACUUGCUGUGUCCGGAGACGUACGUCUGGGUGCCCAUAGAGCAGUGCCUGCCUUCCCUGGACCGCGCCAAGUACUGCCGAUUCAACCAGGACCCUGAAGCAGAGGAUGAAGGUCGCAGCAAGGACGCUGACCGCCUGCAGGUGUUUUACAAGAAGACCGUCAUGCCUUACGGGGUUUACCGGAAGCACCAGAAAGACCCGAGCGAGGAGGCGGCCGUGCUGCAGUACGCGAGCCUGGUGGGCCAGGCAUGCUCCGAGCGGAUGCUGUUGUUCAGAAAUUAGCACCGUCUCUUGGCUUUUCUAGAAGAUUCCGUGGCAUUGAAUUUGUGAGAAUCUCAUGGCUAACAUAAGGAUUUUUAAAAUGUGUUAUGAUGUAGCCUUAUAAUCAGGGUUUAUCAUUUUAUAAGUUUGUUUCUAGAGCAAGAAAUGCUAAACUUCUCUCAUUGACAUUUUGGAAAGUAAAAUCAAGAUGUGAAUCUGAGUAAUGUAAUCAUACUUAUCAUUAUUGAUUCUUUUCCGUGAAGUUAAGCCAGGCUGUCCUCCAUGCCUUUCAAGCAGCAGUUCAUGCUGGGAAACCUCCAGUGUGGGGAAGGAGGUGCCCCCCGGGCAGUGUGGGGAAGGAGGUGCCCCCCGGGCAGUGUGGGGAAGGAGGUGCCCCCCGGGCAGUGUGGGGAAGGAGGUGCCCCCCGGGCAGUGUGGAGUGGCUGCUGGGUCCGACCACAGUUCAGCAGGCGUUCAGGAAGGUCGGAGUUAGUCCCGGGAGCCCGGCUGUCUGGAGUGGUCCCUGCCACAACUGCUUCCCAGUUUGGACACUAGAUUCUGGAAUUCCCCAGUGUUCUAUUAUUUCCUGUUUCUUAAACUCUAAGAAAUGGGAUUUGUACAGAAAAAUGUUGGUUCCCACCUUGUCCUAAGCCCCAGCGGGGCUCAGGGCACCCAGCUUGGUCACUGGCUCCCAGGUCAGGAAGUGGGGGGUCACGCAGCCUCCAUGUUCCAGGAGACGAGGCAAAACCAAUGCUUCCCUUGGUGAUGGCGAGUGGCCAGCCGCUUCCUUGCCCCCGGCUCUGUGUUGUGGCGCCCUUGCCUGUUCAGCCUGGCUCACCGUCACGUGCUGCUGGCAGCAGGAGGUGCCCAGCCAAGGGCUCCUCCUCAGCUGGUCACUCUUCUGCUGCCCCCGUUCGGCCGCCACGCCCUCUGCAGUCUCUCUUGUGUCCAUUUUUCUGUUUCUCAUUGACUGAUCUUUUUCAAACUUAACGAUUUGAACUGCACUACUCAUUUUAAGCUUUUCUCCAAAAUGUACCAAAUUUUGGUGAAACAGUGGAAAAUGACAUGCAGCUGUGAUAAGGGAAGGGUGAUUUUGAACAUCAUAAUGAUUUUGAAAACUAUAUGUCUGGGCCCGCUGCAGUAGCCUAGCAGCUAAAGUCCUCACCUUGAACACGCCAGCAUCGCAUGUGG